CACUAAAUAGGUGAAUGAAGGAAUUUGAAGAAAUAGAAAGAAGUCGCUAAUUUAUGCGAGACGGCGUCUUUAUUUUCAGAUGAAAUUGUCUAUCUUGUUGUGAUAAUCCAAAUAAUAAGUGCUAACCUUGAGGAUUUAAAAAAAAAAAUUCAAUAUGGGGGACCAACAAUUUUUCCUAAAAUGGAACGACUUCCAGACGAAUAUGGUCACAUCCUUCAGACAUUUGAGGGAUGAGAAGAGUUUUACAGACGUGACACUAGCAUGUGAGGGCCAGACGUGUAAGGCACACAAAAUGGUAUUAUCAGCUUGCAGUCCCUACUUCAAAAGCUUAUUAGAGGAGAACCCAUCAAAACAUCCAAUAAUAAUCUUAAAAGAUGUGUCGUAUCUGCAUUUACAAGCGAUACUCGAAUUCAUGUACGCAGGCGAGGUGAAUGUAUCUCAGGAACAACUGCCGGCUUUCCUAAAAACUGCUGCUAGACUUAAAGUAAAAGGUCUAGCCGAGCCGCCACCGCAGAUGCCUAGUAUCAAGAGAGAAGGCUAGCCCAGUGUGUGUUCUAAAUCUAAAGACUUUAGUGAACUAAAACACCAAUGUAACAUAAAUGUAUCGACACCACACCGUAUGUAUUUUUAUAUGGCAAUUUUAAAACACCUCCCACUUUUGCCUUACGCAAUAUACCUGGCAACACUGCUAUUGUCAGUUUUAACAUUUAUUUUUUCAUUUUCAAUUAUGUUUUGUUUCUUUUAUUAUAUUUUCUUUCUAUCUAAAUUUUAUGCAUUUUCGUAAUUUGUGUUAGUAAUUUAAGAUAAUGCCUUUGAUAAAUGUGCUUCUGUUCUGCUGUGUCAAUAGUUGAGCUACCAGUGCAGUGGCCAAUAAGUAGGGUUCUUGUAGUUAAUAUUUUGGAGACUAUAACAUUUUGCUGUUAAUAUAUAAAUAUGAAGCAAUAUUUUUAUAGAUAAAAUAAAAACCCCAGAUAUAAAUAACAAAAUAUAACAUUUAAGAACGUAAACCAUAGACUAAUUGACAAUUGAGAAUCUCUAAUUCAAAACUCCAAUAAAUAGUGCAUAAAAAGAACUUAUAUUUCGUUUACAAAUAAAAUUUAUAAAUUUAAAAACUAUAGUUUUC